CAGAGCAAUAGUUCACACACACCGGAAGGUGAAUUACACAGGGAAAGAAAAAAAACGAGUCACUGUUGUUACCAGCAACUCAAGGAGCGUACGUUUGUCGCCUGGGAAAUGUUCCUGUACAUUCUUGGACUGGUGGCUUUUUGGUUUGUGUUCCGCUGGUACAGGGAACUCGCAAGAGUACCCAAUAAAGGACAGAAAUAUGUCUACAUCACUGGCUGUGACUCUGGGUUCGGGAACCUUCUGGCCAGACAUCUGGACAAGCUGGGCUUCCGUGUGAUCGCAGCCUGCUACACUGAGAAGGGGGAGGAUGAACUGAAGAAGGUCUCUACUGAACGAUUGAACACAGUCCACCUGGAUGUUGUCAGCACUGACAGUGUCAGCAAAGCAACAGCAUUCAUCAAAACCUUGGUUGGGGAGAAGGGUCUGUGGGCUGUGGUGAACAAUGCUGGAGUCUCUGUACCAUCUGGUCCCUGUGAUUGGAUGACCGUCGACGACUACAAGUCCAUGUUGGAUGUUAACCUUAUUGGAGUCAUUGGUGUGACUCUGAGUGUCCUGCCCCUCAUCAAGAAGGCCAGGGGCAGGGUGGUGAAUGUGGCCAGUGUGUUUGGGAGGAUAAGUGCCUUCGGGGGUCCCUACUGUGUGUCAAAAUAUGGAGUGGAGGCUUUCAAUGAUAGUCUACGGAUGAACAUGUCGUUUUUUGGAGUUAAAGUCCUGUGUCUGGAACCAGGAUUUUUCAAAACAAGUGUGACUGAUCUACAUCUCCUGAGAAAAAAUGUGAAGACAUUGUGGGACAAAUUGCCUGAAGAAAUCAAGGAUCAAUAUGGACAUGAUUACCCAGAGAGAGCAAAUGUUACAUUGGAGAAGAAUGUUGCGACGUUGCUGGAUGGGGACCUGAUGAAGGUUGUGAGCUGCAUGGAGCACGCCAUCUCUGCUGUCCACCCUCGUACCCGCUACUCACCUGGCUGGGAUGCCAAGUUCUUAUGGUUGCCUUUGUCCUACCUGCCAACGUGGAUCGCAGACAAAAUGCUCUUAAAAGAUAUGGCCAAACCAACAGGAUCUAUUCUUUAAUGUUAAUGGUUCUCUGAGCGAAUGUAGGAGGAAGUCUUUAUUUACACCCACAGGAGAAGAAGAAAAAUGUAAUUGGAAAAAGUGUAUAGCAUGGGAUUCAACCAAUGAAUGGGGGAAAAAAAGAACACUAAUUUGUUUUCAAACUUAAACAGAGUUGUGAAUUGCAUUUUGUCUAAUCACAUGUGGAUUUGUCCUGUCUGUUUCCCUGGUCUGAUAAUAAAACCAAUGGAGAGAUUGUCAGUAAUUCAAAUGAA